AUAUUCCUAAACAGAUCGACUUGUCUCUUACACAAAUCUUCAUUAGUCGGUACUUGUUAAACUUCCAUUGAUGUUCCAACCAAAUUUCAAUCUCUCAAAAUGCAAGAGUGGAGAAUACGUUCGUUGGAUUCUCUGUUUGAAUUUGGAAUUAAUCACACAUAUAUGACCAACGAUACAGGUCAUUCAAAAGACAAAAACCCACAAGAAGCCAGUAAAUUUCCAGAUCGAGUUGCAUAGGCUCACAUUGUGGUGCAUGUAGCUGUUGGAGGUAGAGAAACAAGCUAGCUUUCUAGCUGCAAAGAAACACGUGAAGAUGCUGCAACCGUUGGAGAUUUCUGUCCUCUUCCUCACAAAUUCCACAGAACAUUUCCAUCAUUGCCUAUAUAAGACUCAUUAAUAAACAGCACCAUUAAAAUAUAUCUCAAACAAAUGAAGAACCAUAAGGUUGCAUUGUUAACUGUUUCCCUUUCCAUCCUCAUCAAUUUCAGUCCUUCCCAAGCAAAACAAACUCAACCCAUCUCAGAUGUCCUUAGAAUUGACAACAUUCUCAACAACACCUAUGAAUGGUUGAGCCUCUAUAGAAAACCCCAUGAAACCCAGCUCGAGUUGUCUACCCCACUUGUGGUGGCAGGAGUCUUAUGCUUCAUAGCUGCCUCUAUAUCCAGUGCUGGUGGGAUUGGUGGUGGUGGGUUGUUCAUACCAAUACUGACCCUAGUGGCAGGUCUUGACCUCAGAAUAGCCUCUGGUCUCUCAGCUUUCAUGGUCACUGGCGGCUCGGUCGCGAAUGUCAUGUACAACUUGUGCAUCAAAGGUAGCACCAAAUUUGGUGGCAAGUCUCUGAUUGACUAUGACAUAGCACUUCUAUCAGAGCCAUGUAUGUUACUAGGAGUAAGUCUAGGAGUGAUUUGCAACCUUGUAUUCCCAGAGUGGCUGAUCACUAUACUCUUUGCGCUUUUCCUUGCUUGGACUACCUCAAUGAGCUGUAGAAAUGGGCUGGUGUAUUGGAAAAUGGAAUCAGAAGUGAUGAAGAUGAGGAAUGGUUGUGAGAGACUGGAAAAUGGGUUGACGAAAGACAGGGCAGGCGAUGAAACAGAAGGGAACAAAGGAGUUACAGAACCGCUUUUAGGAGUAAGAACAGAAGAAAACUGCAUGCUAAGAUUUCCAUGGAUGAAAAUGGGGGUAUUAAUUCUGGUCUGGUGCUCUUUCUGCCUAGUCUACCUUCUUCGUGGAAAUCGAUAUGGACAGGGCAUUAUACCAAUAGAGCCUUGUGGAGUGGGAUAUUGGGUUCUCUCAUCUUCCCAAAUUCCUCUUGCCAUAGUUUAUACAGCCUGGAUUCUAUGCAGAAAAGAGAAUCGUCAACAUCAUACUUUAAACACCCAAAAGGAUAUUGAGGAGCUGAACAAAGUUGGACCAUCAAACAAGCUAGUUUUCCCACUAAUGGCACUAUUAGCAGGGAUUUUAGGGGGUGUCUUUGGGAUUGGAGGUGGAAUGCUGAUAAGCCCUCUUCUUCUUCAGGUUGGGAUAGCGCCUGAGGUAACGGCUGCGACUUGUUCUUUCAUGGUGUUCUUCUCAUCUUCCAUGUCCGCAUUUCAGUACUUGUUGUUGGGCAUGGAGCAUGCAGACACUGCGCUCAUCUUCGCCAUCACUUGUUUUGUUGCAUCACUUCUUGGACUGGUGGUGCUGCAGAGAGCAAUCAAAGUUUAUGGAAGGGCUUCUCUCAUUGUAUUCUCAGUUAGCAUAGUGAUGGCUUUGAGUACAGUUUUGAUGACUAGCUUUGGGGCCCUUCAUGUAUGGAGUGACUAUAAAUCUGGAAGAUACAUGGGCUUCAAACUACCAUGUUAAAUGUUAAUAGCCCCUAACAAAAGGAAAAUCGCAAAACUAUUUUUUUAGUUGCUA